CUACACUUUCUAUCCGUUCCAAACAGUGCCCAACUUCAAGACCUAUAUAUAGAAAGUCCUCACAAAAUUCACGCCCCUUCCCCAUUCCUCAGGCGCCAUUAGCCGCCGAGAGAACUGCAGCGAAGCUCCAGGUGGCCCAUUCGAUUCAAUUCCAUCUCCAAGGACUAAUAUUCGUUUCGAAAUGGCGGGAAAUGCUGGGUUCUUCGCUGGCAAGCUCAAUCUAGAGAAGGUCGAUUCGUUACCGGAAGAUUUUGACACUACGGAGGUAAUUAAAGAUCUAGUGCCACCGGCUGUUCAGACCGAGAAUGGCGCAAGAAAUCGUGAAGAGGAGAAGGAAAGGGAGAUCGUACUUGGAAGGAAUGUGCACACGAUGUCCCUCGAGGUCACCGAGCCUGAUGCAGACGAUGAGGUUACAGGCGAUAGGGAUGCUUUCAUGGCUGGUGUGUUGGCCAGAUACAGGAAGUCCUUGAUCGAGAGGACCAAGCACCAUUUGGGAUACCCCUACAAUCUGGAUUUUGAUUAUGGUGCAUUGGCACAGUUACAACACUUCUCCAUCAACAAUCUUGGUGAUCCAUUUAUUGAAAGCAACUAUGGUGUCCAUUCCAGGCAGUUUGAAGUGGGUGUAUUGGAUUGGUUUGCUCGCCUGUGGGAAAUUGAGAAGAAUGAAUACUGGGGUUACAUUACAAAUUGCGGCACUGAAGGCAAUCUUCAUGGCAUAUUAGUCGGGAGGGAAGUGUUUCCUGAUGGCAUUUUGUAUGCCUCACGUGAAUCACAUUAUUCUGUUUUCAAGGCAGGACGAAUGUACAGGAUGGAAUGUGAAAAGAUCAACACUUUGGUCUCAGGUGAAAUUGAUUGUGAAGAUUUCAAAGCUAAACUCCUUUGUCACAAGGACAAACCAGCCAUUAUCAAUGUUAACAUUGGAACAACUGUUAAGGGAGCUGUUGAUGAUCUAGAUCUGGUUAUAAAAACCCUUGAAGAAACAGGAUUCACGCAUAACAGGUUCUACAUCCACUGUGAUGGGGCUUUGUUUGGUCUAAUGAUGCCUUUUGUUAAACGUGCACCAAAAGUUACUUUUAAUAAGCCUAUUGGAAGCGUGAGUGUUUCUGGCCACAAGUUUGUUGGAUGCCCAAUGCCUUGUGGUGUCCAGAUGACAAGAUUGGAGCACAUUAAUGCCUUAUCGAGGAAUGUGGAGUAUCUUGCUUCUAGGGAUGCUACUAUCAUGGGAAGCAGGAAUGGCCAUGCACCGAUCUUCCUCUGGUACACCUUGAACCGGAAAGGGUACAGAGGGUUUCAGAAAGAAGUGCAGAAAUGCGUAAGGAACGCACACUACUUGAAAGAUCGGCUUAGGGAUGUAGGAAUUGGGGCAAUGCUCAACGAACUGAGCAGCACAGUUGUGUUUGAGCGCCCACAAGAUGAGACCUUUGUUCGUAAGUGGCAGCUUGCUUGUCAAGGGAACAUUGCACAUGUGGUUGUCAUGCCCAAUGUCACUGUUGAGAGGCUUGAUGAUUUCUUGGAUGAGCUUAUUGAGAAACGUGCUAUGUGGUACCAAGAUGGGAAGCUUCAAUCUCCAUGUGUGGCAUCUGAUAUGGGUAAGGAGAAUUGUUUUUGUGCUCUACACAAGUGAUGUAGCCAUAUUGUUUUCAAGGCUCAAGUAUUUUCCUUUGUUGUGUACUGAUGAUUCUGUACCAAAAAACCUGUUUGUAUCCGCCGAUAUAUGCACUUUUGUCUUUACUAUUCUUCAAGUACUUUGGAUAUGUUUGGAUCAAAAUAUUCCUUGAA